GACCCAAAGCGAGAGCACGAGAGCAGGAGGGGGAUUUCCAGCUCGAGCCCCCACUUCCCGAACCAGCCGUUGUUUUGCUUUCGGUCUGGACACAGAAACAGAAAUAAACGACGGCCACCCUUUUCCUUUUUUCUGCUUAAAACCACAAACAACUUCACUUGUCGGACUUCAGCGCCGCUUGAUAUUGUGACAGCGGGACCGUGAGGCUGCAGGCCGUCCGGACUGAACAGAAUACAAUGCCAGUAGAGAGAAUGAGGAUGAGGCCGUGGCUGGAGGAACAGAUCGACUCCUGUCAGAUACCAGGACUCAAAUGGGUUAACAAAGAAAAGCGAAUCUUCCAGAUCCCGUGGAUGCAUGCUGCGCGUCAUGGCUGGGACCUUGAGAAAGAUGCUCCGCUCUUCAUGAGAUGGGCCAUACAUACUGGUAAAUACCAGCCAAGCAUAGACCGUCCAGAUCCCAAAACGUGGAAGGCGAACUUCCGCUGUGCCAUGAACAGCCUGCCGGACAUCGAGGAGGUGAAGGACAAAAGCAUCAAAAAGGGAACCAAUGCCUUCCGGGUCUAUAAGAUGCUCUCCUCCUCAGAGAGAAGCAUGAAGAAAGGAAAGAAGAAGACGGACAAGGAGGGGAGGCCCAAGAGAAAUAAAGAGGUAGCUUCUCCAUCUCCAGACAGGACUCCUCCUGGAGCCCAUGUGGGACCUAUUGACUACACCAUGCAGGACGUCAUCAAACUGGAAGUGAUCAAAGAGGAACCACUGGAGUUCACCAUGACGGACAGCGCCUCAGCCAUUCACAGUUCAAUAGAAGACCACAUGAUCGCCAGCGAGCAGCUGCCAUUCGUCUGUCAGACCAUCGAAGUGACCACUGAGAACGAAGAGCAGACUGUGAGCUCCUCCCACUCGUACCCGCUCCAGAUCUCUCCUGUGUCUUCAUGCGGCGGGAGCGACACAGACAGUGACACAGAGGACACCAAAGACGGUGUCAGCACAGUCUGGAGGCAGGACUACAACACGUCAGUUCUCAGGGUUCCCACAUGUUCUCUCCCCGGCAUGGACAGCUUCGUCAGCGCCAGCAAGCCCAACUUCAGGGUCACCAGCACGCGGGACCCGACCCCGCUCAUCAGCUACCACACCGACGGCUGGACGCCGGACUACGGCCAGAACUCUCUCGCGUCGGCCAGCCACGAGAUGCGCGCAAGCGUCAUCAUGAAGACCUCGGACGUGACUCCCUCCUGACCUCUGACCCCCGGGCGAGGGAGUGUCACUGCUGCUUCCAGGGCAUAGGAACGACAGAGAGGCUUUGUUUUCUCCACCGGGGGGGCCACGUGCGGCCUGAACAUGCCGACUGACAGAAACCUUUGACAUUUUUGUAGCCUCCGUCUGGGCGACGGGUUCUCUCAGAUUUCAGACUGACUGGUUGACCACUUUAUUAUCCUGCACCCGUCUGAGUGCGUGGCGUAAAUGUCAUCUGUCACCGUGUGCGAGGGUAGAAUCAAUUAUGCAGACAUGUGGAAAUCAUAGUCGCACCGUCGUCCCCGUCCACAUCCGUUCUGGACUAUGUGUAUAUAGAUAUAUCUAUAUAUCUGGCCUUUUUAGAAACCAUAAUCAGUCACGUGUCACUGGUGGAGUGUGUCCUCUGCUGCUUUGUGCUAACACUUCAACAUGCUUUAUGCCCAAUGAAAGACUUUUGACACUUUUAUGAAAUGAAAGAUGGCUUUUAGUUGUUCUUUGAGUUAGUGUUGCCUUACUGUAGGUUUCAAACUACAUCCUCACGCCCAUCCGCUGGGUUGGGAUCUUUAGACCGAAUACAGUCUCCAAUCAAACUCAUUGUUCAUCAUUGUUCAUCAUAGGAAGGUUUUUUGUAUUUACUUUACUUUCUUUUUUUUUUUUUGCAAAUCUCACCUCCUAAAAUUGCCAGAUUCAGCCACAACGUCAUCUACAUGUACUCACCAUGAAGUAUUAGAACAGAUCGCCGGCCAACCCAGAGUAGUGUCAGCGCGACACGUGGCACUACACGCUCUACUGGCGCACGCCGACGGAACAAACAAAGCAACCAAUGCUGUCGGCAGACCAGCAGCGAGUUGCAAGAAGAAUCAAAGGCACGCUGUUGUUUUCUAGAUAAAGAUUGACAAUCACCCUGGAGCCCUCGACGGCCCCUGCAGGGGAAAGCAGCCGUCUGUCUGUCUGGAGAACCUCAGGACAACGUAACCCACCAACACACAGACGGACGGAGAGAACGACAGACUCACUGAUGAGACGGACGGACAGACUGUGAACAAUGCAUCCUUGUGUUCUCCUCUCCCCGGCCUCCUGCCGUUAAUAAUGUACAUAGCUCAUAUGUAUGUAAGCCUGCAAGCCGCUUCAGCACCUUACUGUGUGUGUGUGUGUGUGUGUGUGUGUGUGUGUGUGUGUGUGUGUGUUGGCACGCUCCACUGAGCAGACAGCAUACACAGCAGUUUGUCUGUGUGCCAUGGGGACAGACCAAAUCAAAAACAGAGGCUGGGUGCCUGGUUUGGUGAUGGAAUUUUGGUGUGUUUUGGUGUGUGUGUGUGUGUGUGUGUGAGAGAGAGAGAGAGAGAAAAGUUCCUAUUGAAGAUGUGUGCCUUUGACAGAGUGUGGCUACCUGUGCUUUAGUCUGCUACAUGCAGGAAGUUGUCAGGAAUUUCGUCUGUGGCUCGAGGCAGCAGCGCUUUAUUUGGGAGCGAGGAGGAGUCUUUGUGCACGAGUGUCGACCUGGCUGAUUGGGUUUCAUCGUGACAAACAUCCUCAUAUAUGUUAGAGUGUUGGGUUUAGAGGAAGGAGACUGAAUCUCAGGGUUUCAGACGUCCACCGUAACUUGAGCAGCAGCAAGCGAAGUGCAAUCCGCCACGUUUGACGUGAACGUCUCGCUGCGAUAGCGAGGAACAGGGAAGUGUGGUCUGGAGAGGCUCCUCAGAGGGUCAUCAGCAGAGGCUCUGCUGUUUAUAAGUGGAACUUGUCUCUUCUUCCCGUUUCCCAGUUGACUCUAGCGCACGGACGUCUCAGUCCAAGUCUUCCCUCGCUUCCCGCGCCUUAAUCUACUUUAGUCUUUAAAGAUAUUCAAUUCUUUGAGGCCUUAAAUGCAAAUGUGUGCACAGAAUGAUGAACUGUGGCUGCAAAAUGGAAGAUAUUCGAUGUUUGUUGUCUGUUUUUACAAGGUAUUAUUAAAGCAAGCUGGGUGGUUCUCAAUGUUGCUUAGCAACAUAUGAAUUCAUCUAAAAAGAAAAAUUAUAAAAAGCACCAUGAAAUGUCGUGUUAGGUUAUGACCUAUGAGUGUAUCAGAAAAGCUACUUGUGUUAGCAGCUAGCAGGCUAAAGCACAGUCCUCGCUCCAAACAGGAAGACAAUAGGAAUCUAGGACAGACCACUAGAGACGUACACUGGAGCACGUUGCUGUGGAUCCAUGGAAGGACCAAAGGGGGGUUUGCUCUCACUUGAUGGCAGACGUCGCUUUACCAAAUGUUUCUCUCCAUGUGCCUUCUGAUUGGUUUAUUCCACCUGGUUCCACUUCUUCAUAGUUUAUGAUGCUAACCCUUUUGUCAUCACCUAGUAACCCCUGUGGUUUUAUCCUUAUGUUUUUUUUAAUCGUUGGCAAUGAUGUCAUAGUGAUCACAUCCUCCCUGAAGGUGAUGUUUAAAAAGUAACCGUUGGUCAUCACAACCCUGUAGUUGAUGCUCAGACGCUGUUCAUUGUUUGUGAAACUCAAAAUGUGCCUGAUUACUAAGCGCUUUAAGUGUUGCUCUGCAUACAAACAGCAUGGUCCACAUUAGGCCUGUAAACCAGAGCCAAUGUUUUUAAUAUUCAGAUAUGCUGACCCCCCUCUGUAAUUUACUUUGCCUCAAAAGCCUUUAACAGAAAGAGGUCUCGCAAGGAAUCACUCAAGUGCACUUACAACGAUGUGUCGUGUAUGUAAAAGGAAUGUCGCUGCAGCCAAAGGUUGAUGUCGACGAGAUGUAACGCUGUUGUCGGGGGGGGGGGGGGGGAGUGUCCGAUCAUGUAGUUCCAGGCUGCUUUAGCUUUAGGCGAGGUGUGUCUCAAAGGAACAUGUCACCGCUCAGUUCAAAGGAAAACACAAACCGCUCAGCUACCAAUGCAGAAAAAGACAUUCUUUGUCGCCGCGACGCGUCUCCACUGUUUAUUCUCUGUACGCAAUGAAAACUACUUGUGAAUCAACAUGUAAAUCUGAAUAAAGACUGUUUUGAUAUUUAUUCUGAGGGCUGUGUGCUUUAUGACUGCUGACGGGUUAUACUGGGCAGAGAUCAGAGUCCAGCUUUAUGGCUCAUGAGACACUCUGACAACUUGCACACCUGUUGAGGAAACAAAUGUCCAUGUUGAAGACGUAUUUCCUUACUGGAAUAAAGAACGAGGAUAUAGCUCAGCCCUCGUUCCACAUUAGAAACAAAGCCUCGUGUCUCUAAGGUGUGCAAGUCAGCGUGUGUAAUGACGAGAACGUAACGAAGGGUCUGUGUGUUCCGAGUGUGUGGUUUGUCUUCUUGUCAGAGCAGAUGUCUCCUCGUUUCACACACGGCUCACUCCGGUUUAACCGAAGCGCUUCUCUGCUGUUUCAGUUUCUGUUGCUGUUCUCGGUUCUCACUCCACUUCCUGUUUGCCUCUGAGGCCUCCAAGGAUCGCUCGCCGGUUUCCUUGGCGACUGCUGACCUCAUGCAGUUAGUCAUAGUAAACAGUCUGUGUUUUAUAUGGUGUGUGUGUGUGUGUGUAUAUAUAUCUGCUGUGUUAUGCUCUCCUUCACGAGCUCCUUUGUAACCUCUUUUUUUUUUUUAAAAAUCUGCAGUCCUCUGGACCACAAACAGGAAGUCAUGUCAGAAAGUCCCUCUGCUUUCUAUUCCCUCUGACACAACUUCUUCAAACGUGCUACUUUAAACACAAGUGUUUCUCAGUGGACAAUGGCACAGUUGAUCCUCUCGUGUUUUUUAUCCAGCUCUGCGUUGCACAACGACAAUAAACCAACAUUGAACCUUG